AUGCAGCAGGCGGUUGGGAUACCGACACACAGCCUCGCACCGGCCAAAUGCCCAGCUAUUGCGGCCGGGGCGUCGAUGACGGGGCAGGGUGCACCGACACCGUUUGACCACCAGCAGCAAGGUAUGUCGCUGGCGAAAGGUCAACAUGCGGGUCCGGACCCCUCUGGCAUGCCAGCUGGGUAUCUGUCCGCCCAUCAGGCGGAAACACAGCCAGUGGAGCGAGCAAACUACGACACCAACGCGAACAAGCCCACCUACGCGAAGCGCGUGCGCCAUGGCGAAGCAUUCACAUCCGUUGCCGCAGAGGGUGUGCAGCACUCGGAAAGGCCUGUGCUGGGGGCGUCUGAUCCCCAGCGUGUGAACAGCAACCUCCCGAGUGAAUGUCCUAUGCUCACCCAUGCAGUGGGAGAUCAGACGCGCUACGCCUUCAACGUUGACCGCAGCUCGUUUGCACACGACGCAUAUCGCAGCGGCGUUCUCCGCACCGGCUCCUUCCGUGGUGGCGUUCCAGGGUCGAUGAUGAUGGGUCGCAUGGGCAGUAUGUACGGUAUGGGCGGUUUGAUGGGCUCCAUGUACGGUAUGGGCAGCACGUAUGGCAUGAACAUGUCCCGACCAGCCUCGCUGCUCGGCAGCAUGUACGGCAGCCAGUAUGGUAUGGGGUCGAUGGGAUCGCUGUACGGCAUGGGGGGUCUGAAGAGCCGCAUGGGAUCCAUAUACAGCAUGGGGAUGCCGAUGGGGUCCGCCAUGGGCCCGAUGGGCGUGAUGGGCUGCCCGAUGGGGUCAAUGUACAGCACAAGCCCUGGCAGCCAGUUCGGUCCGAACGGCUUCAGCAGCGCCUACGGCGAUCACUUCCAGAACGACAUGGGCAAUUCGCAGUACAACGGUGCCAGAGGCUUUGGCAUGUCCGACUUGGGCAGCAGCUACCAACUGCGGCCCGGCUACGGCCCCACUGGUAUGAACGGCAUGGGCGAGGCAACUGGCCCGAAUGGUCCCGCCUCUACUAACGCUUUUUCACCCAGUCUCGUGGAGCGGCCUUCGGCCUUGUUCAGUGGAGCUGCCGCCGCCGCCGCGCCGCCGCAGGUGCCCCCGGAGACGAACCGAAGCCAUGGUGCACCGCUUCCGGUGGCCACGCCAGCCGACGGUGCGGAGGGGCAGCACGGCGAGCGCAAGAGCGGUGUGGCAACCCUGCUGGUUAUUUCUGCUGCCGCGAACCCGGCAACGACGGUGAUGCUUUCGAGCAACCCGCCAGUAGCGAUGGCUGCCGAUGAAUUACUGCGCACGGGUCCUGACGCUCAAGCUACCGCCGACGCGAUCAAGCGGAACACCCACUGCCAGGGCGUGUACCACAGCGUCAACGCUGGACACAACACGGCGCUGCUGCUCGCGACGGACGGCACGACGGAGUCCCGUUUGAUGGCGGCGGAGGUGGUAAAGCAGGUGCUGGCGGAAGCACUCUCGGUAACGGGGAAGGCAGCUGCGAGUCACGGUCAGCUGGGCUACUACGACGCUCGUGUGUCGGCCUGCGCGCUACACAGUGCCACGGAGGUGAUUGACUGCGUCGAGGGUGGUGCUGUCGCGAACCUUGAGGUUGGCUCGCAUCCGGUGUUCGGCCCCGCUUUUCUGAACGUUGGAGUCGUCACUGUGCGCAACAUGGCAAUGGGCAUGCCUCAGGUCGACGCUGCCAUCACUGCGGCAUGCGGGAAGCCUGAUGCUAAGGUGGUUGUCAUCGAGGCUAUCGUAAAGCAGGUACGACCAGCACAGAAGAGCGACAGCCCCAUCGACGUGCUGCUCUCUUCGAUUCUCUUCCUCAUCAGCAACGUUACGAUGGGCCAGCAGUCUUUCUUUGAGGCCUUCUGCAACGACGCCAACCUGCCACCAGCCCUCAUCAAGGGUUGCAUUGGCGGCGCGUGCCGCACCGUGGCGGUGCUGUGUCUGCCCAAGUGCGCCGAUCCCUCGACUGCGACGGAGGCGUUGGCAUCACUCAACGCAAUCCGCAACUCCCCGAACUCGAUGCCCCGCAGCGGCAACCUCGUCCGGUUCAUCGCCUUCGCCACCGGUGAGAAUGACAAGUUGCGACAGAAGCCGAAUGUGGACGCAGCAGUGCUAGAGAAGGUUGAUGCAAUGCUGGCACACGGGCGCGCUAUGCUGCAGGACCCGCGCAACACUGUGCCGGUGGCGUAUCCCAACUCGUCGCAGCGUACCCUGAGCCACACGUUGAACACGCCGCAGCUCUCCUCACGCGACCUCAACGCUCACGCCACGGAGAAGGGUCGUGAUGCAUCGAACCCGAUUCGAGUGGUCGCCAUGGCGAGCCCGCAGGUCCGCAACAAGCUUCCGCUGACCUUCAGUGUUGGUCCCGACGGCAGGUCCAUUGUGGACGCUGCCAGUGGCACCCAGGCAUCCGCGCUAGAGGUGGUGACGCGUUCCCCAGAGGACUGGCGCAGCACGACUUCGGAGCAGGUGAAAGAGGUGCAGACGCUAUUCCAGAACGGUAAUAACACUGCCAUUGUCGGCACCGUCUCGCCAAACGAGGUGAACGUGUUGAGCAAGCAACCACUAUGGCUGUCCUACAAGCACAUGGUUUCCUCCCUCCUCAGUGUCGCCACACAGAAGUACAAGUAUGCCGAGGUGAGCCUCAGCGUCACGUUGCUUGGUGGCAACGAACUGCUCGCAGAUCUGUUGGUUAGCAUGGACUCGGCAACCACGACGGCGCAGACCCCGCAGAAGCUCUCCGUGGCGUACUCGCCGCUCUUUGGCCCUACCGUGUACAAGGCGACGAUCAUCAAGCAACCUACCCCACUUCAGUUCGAGUCCACUAUCAACAGCGCUCUCUACCACGUGCCAGCGAUUAUAAAGCAGCAUCCGAACAAGAAGACGGUUAUCGUUGCGUCGGCCGUUAUGAAAGGUGUCACCACCACGGAUGUGUACACAAGCUCGAUGCUGGCUGCCAGUGCGAUGGACCCGACUGUGUUCACUGACAUCCUCGACAAGGCGCCAGACGUGCCACAUGAGCUGUUUGAGUAUGCCUUUGGAGGUCCGUGCUGCACCUUGUUCCUUGCAGACAUCAUCCAGGGUGAUGCAAACGUCGGGAAAGUGGUCGAGCUGAUGAACCGACUUAAUGCGAUGCAAAACCGCAGCGUGCGGACGUGCAGCGUGAGGAAGUUUAUCGCCUUUGCCGAGGAGAGCCUGAGGAAGGUGGAUGUCAAAGCAGCCGCGGCCAAGUCGGAGACAGAGAGGGAAGCGAUCAUGCGCAGCAAGAAAAGCAUGGAGGUAUUUCACACGGAGUACAAGACCCUUAUUGCAGAUCCCGAACACCACGACCCCAAGACAUACCGCCGCCGCUGCGGCGGUAUCGGGUCGUCUGGCUACGGCGCUGCCACCGCCACUACCCGGUUCACCCCUGGCGCGAGCAAGACGCGCAGCCUUGCGACACCAGGCACCGGUGGGGCGUUGGUCGACAAGUCUCGGAGGAGCGCUGACAGCAGCGAGAAGAACAGCGAGCAAAGCAAGAAGGCUGACGACACCAGGUCUUCGGGCAGCCGUCACAGCUCUGGUCACCGGAGAACUUCUACAGACGGCAGGAGGCGGCACUACUCCAGUGGUCGCGCUAGCGCCGACUCUGAGUCCUCCGGGAGUCGUCACAGCUCCGGUUCGAAGCGCAGCUCGUCAUCUUCCUCUCACAAGCAUCAUCACAGAUCCUCCAAAGGCCAGAAAUAG